CCUAGGGCGAGCUAUGGCCGUCAAUGUCCGUGUUGUGGAGGAAAUGGUCGCCAAGCUGAGGUCGGAUCGCCACAGGGAGCGCGAGGCCGGCCUCAAGCUGCUCAAGGAGUAUGUCAACAUGCGGGAUUUCUCGAGGCUGCUGGACGAGCAGACGGAAAGGCUCCAGCGCCAGGGCCAGAUUCCGCCAUCGACAUGGCCGGGUGUGGUGCAUGCCUUGUGCGAGGGCACUUCGUCAUACCUGAAAACGCCCAAGAAGAAGGCGCCCAGUUUCGAGUAUGCCAAGGUACUCAGGAGUCUGGUGAGGAGGGCUUGUGCCUCCGACAAGAGAGGGGUCCUGGUGCGCAAGCUCAGUCACCUGUACCAGCAUUUGGUGGAUACCGUCGUCACUGUUCCCAGCUUCCAAGCUGAUUACUGCGCUAUUGUGUCCGAUCUUCUUAGCGAGCACGAAUACCGCUUGCGCAUGAAGGAGGAAACAUAUGCAGAACUUGUCCAGUUCCUUCUGCAAACUCAGACGCAGCCGCACGACGAUGCCUUUCUGUCCAUCGUCAAAAAUCCACCAGGGGGUAUCCCUCCGUCUUUAAGGCCGGACGUCGCGGCCAAGCUCUCCAACAUCUUUCUGCACAUCAGUGAUAUCAAAGCGGGUCUGAAAAAGGCUCUAGAGGCAGUCACCAGCUUGUUGAGGCAUGAUGGACCAAAUCUAGGCAGUCACCUACUUGAAAUUCAUUGCGGUGCUAAGAAAUGCCUUUUCCGGUCAUGGGCUACAAUUACCGACACUGCUACCAAGGACUUGUUUGUUCUGUAUCUGAGGAUGCAACUGAAACUAAGCAGCAUUGUGAGGGACGACGAAACCGAUCACCUCGAGGAGUUGUUUGACUUCGUGGUUAAGGAACUGGACGGGAAGUGUUGGGACACCAAGGCUGUACCACUUGCGAGCUCGACACACUCGUUUCUAAUGCUUGCUGCCCAAGUCAUUUUUGAGUUCCUCGGCAGGGACAGAGGUCAUGCUACCAACAGCUCUAAACGUAGAAAAAAGGAGAGCGUCACUGCGCUCAUCACAGACAGAAUACGUGAUUUGAAACCGUUGUGGGCUGGCGCCAUUUGCCUUCUGCUGAGGCACUAUGGUUCUAAGCUUCCGCAGCAGUUCUUAUCUGAUGUCUUUCAAGCUUUGGUGCAGAGGUUGCCUAUUGAAGCGAUCAACGUCAUGUCCUUUGAAGUACCUUUAUGGCUUAUAAGAUGCGUCAACGAGAUUUGUGAUAUUGGGGACCAUGGAACCUGGCAGAACGCAAGCCUUUGGCAGUGUGUGUGGGAGGCGACAAUCAAAUGGAUAUUGUUGAUGAGCACUGUGCUGGUUCUUGUGGACGAGGCUUUGAAGCUACUGAGCAACAUAUUGCUUAUGAAUAACUCGCCUGCUUUUGUUGCUCCGAACGAAAUUUGGGAGCUCCACGUAUUCAGAGAUCAACCAACAAGAAGUGCUCUCUUUUUUGUUUCUGUGUUGUUUUCGACUGCUCCCUGUCAGGACUUUGUUCUUCGAAAAUCUCUUCUUGUUUGGGCUCUGAAGGCAUUGAAGUUUCAGGCCGGAUCUUCGGAAUGUCAGGUACCCCUCAAGCUUAUAAGCUGGACGCUCCUUUCUCUCUCGGUUGGUGCGCUGGAAUUUCAAGUAAAGGAUGCCGCUACUUUCUUACAGAGCUGGUCGGAGCAAACGGAACAAGGCAAGGUUCUAGAAGCGGAGUUGCGUGAACUUGACCUUGCAGACGAAGUUUUAGCCAACUGUGGAGUUGAAGGAUUGUCCGCAAUCAACGUUGAAUUCCAACGAAACAGUUUAGUGAGUCUUUCUCAAAGCGACGAUUUACUUCAAAUCCUUGGUGAAGGUAUUUUGCAACUUAUUCAAGAAGUAAAAUGCCAGCGACUGGAAUCUCUCCUUCGGGUGGCCGUACUUGUGUCCUACUGUUUUGUGGGAGUCGAGGUUUCAAGGAAAACGAGAGGUCACACAGUCCUUCUUUGGAGUCGCGAUGGAGAAAUCUUUACCUCACCUGCAGUUCUUAUGGGGUGCUGCAUUUUGCGACUGGAAAGUGUUGGAGAAACUGGGGAGGCAUCUAGACAACUCACUGUGAAAUCACUUCUUGCAUUAGAUGAGCUUGUUUCUGCAGAAAGCGCCGGCCAGACAAAGCUUGUUUCCCGGUGCUCCUUUGAAGGAUUAUUGAAAGUCUUGCGGAGUUUAUUAGAGGACGGCAGAGUAUGUGAAUCCACAACUUCUAAUUCUGUACUGAACGAUGCGGAGCUGGAUGCACCUAAACGAGAAAACUGGAAAGUCAUAUGCAUAUCCAUGAUUUGCAGCCUCGGCCGGCAAAUUCCAGAGGCUGCGUUUCAUAUUUUGCGAGAUCUACUGCUUGCUUCAGAGGACUUUAAGGUUCGUGAAAAGCUCAUAUUUUCUAUGUGCAGUAUUUUUACGAUUCCUGAGAUGCUACCGAGACUUGAGGAACUGGUCGAAGAAUUGAUGAAUUCCCUACAAAAAGGUCAAGUUUGUGACUCUACCUGUUUCAAUACUCUGGCUUCUUCCCAACUGCUGCUGUCAAAGUUGAAAGCCGAGAAAGAUAAAGCCAAACUGGCACAGGUACUUCCAAGGUUUCAAAAGAUUAUAGAAUACGUUUCGAAGGUGAAUGCUCUACAAUAUACAACGCGUUUGAAAAUUGGCGAAGCUGUUGCAGACUUGAUGAUACUGGAUGCGACCCUUGCCCAGGAUUUAAUGUUUUUGGAACUUCUGCAAGAUCCUGACUUUCGUGUCAGGGCCGGUCAUGCUAGCCGAAUACAUAUCUUGUUUGAGACGUGGAGCGGACAUCCCCAACUUCUACAGGAUGUCCAAGCUAGUCUUGGAGUGAAACUAUCAACUUCCCACCUAGGUGAUACAACGGAAGCUCUUCUGUAUAAAACGGCAAUAAUAGCUAUCGGUGAAGUAGCAGCUGCAAGCGAACAAGUGGAAGCUGAUGCUGUGUGCAUUAUUCUUGCCCAAGCUGCUCUACAGCCCAUGCAUAGGAGUUUAGUCGUUGCAGUGCUUAAUAAAAUUGCCAAACAACUGGGCUAUACAGACAGAUUUAAGUUCUUCAAGCAGCUGCUCAGAUCGAUAUUGGACUGCUGGGUUGCCGCUUCAUUUCAUAUAAGUGAACUCCUGAAGGUGAGCGACAUACUUAUCCAACCUUCAAAUGCAUACGGGUUCCUUGAGUAUUGUCUUCCGUUCAUACUACCUUCUUCGUUCCUACAUGGACAACAUGCCGAAAUUCAGCAGAUAGCACAGGAGAGAACAAUGUCUGUCAGUUCAUUGGUCGAGGAGAACUUUGCCUCUAUUUUUGCCUUCCUUGCCGCUCUGGAUUGGGGUGGAUAUGAUAAAGCCUCGUUGGUUCUUCAAAGCCCUCUAUUUGAAACUCAAAUUCAGCGGGAGAAGCUUAUAAAACAACACGUGUUUUCUAUUGCAAAAAAUAUCAUUCUGCUAGUGAAGGCGGACGCUGUGUUGCCAUCAGUUUCGAAGGAUGCGGCCAUGGCUGCCGUAAGGGCAGUUGCGAAGGGGUUAUUUGAAGAUAGUAGACGCCAAGAAGUGAAGGAGCUCGUAUUCCAGAUUUUGCUAGAAAUUCACAAGGAGGCUUCCAGUUCUUCUCACUGGCGCCACACACGGCACUCUCUGGAAAAACUGGACGCAUUCUUGAACGUUAUCGAGGACGGAAUUGUGAUUCCGAGCACAUUCCGGUACAUGAUGCACAUAAUUUUGCAAUCAAUUGAAAUGGUUGACUUGCAACCGAAGUGCUGUUUAUUGAUAAAUGCAAUGAUUGAUAAACUGGAGCGCAAACCGCAGUCGUCUAUGUGGAUUCUGGGAGAGCAUCUACAGGCUCUUGUUUCUGGACUGGUGUCAUGUACUUUUAACGGUGAUCUAUUGUGCUCAUCUGUGCUUCAGCUACUUCAUCGUGUGACUCUGAAAGGCGAAUCAUCUUUAUCCCCCUAUGUGAAGGAACUUAACCAACUUCCGGACUUUCCUUGCUUCAACACGAUAAGAGAAUUCCAAGCUCAAUUGCGUUCUGCCGAUGCAUUUUCAAAAGAGUUUGUAAAGUUUGUGCAGAAGGCUCCUUCUCUUCCCUCUCAAUUACGACUAUGGAGUCUUCGAAGCUUUUGCAACCAAUUGCGAGAUGCACCGGAAUCUCGGAGUCUCUUCACUUCUGAUGAAUUAGUGAUUGCCGUUUGGGAACUUGUUCUCUCAUGCAAUGACGAUCAUGAUUAUGACAUCAAGAAUCUGACUGCGGAACUUCUAGCUGCGGUUGGAAUUGGAAAUUGUGAAGCGGUGGUUUUCCAUUUGCCAGACGCUAACAGAAAUUUCUUGCGUCCCUCAUAUCGUUCAAAAACUAUCGACGUGGCUGGGCCGUCUGAGGAUAUUUUGGAAGUAGUACUGACUCAGCUGUGCAGCUAUUUACUAGAUAAAGAUGUUUUUAUAAUUGAUCUGGCGUAUCAAACAGCAAAGGGCUUGUUGGCAACCAAAAAUGGUUAUGACGUUUUAAAUAGACUCAAUGAACAAGAGCGAGCGUACUUGGAGACGCAUACCGAUGGUCCUAACAAAAUGUUGGUGAACCUAGUUCUUGGGUGUAAUGCUCCAAAAUCUGGGAAGCUUGAAGAUUCAUCAGUUUGGAGCACUAGCGACAAAAGUUACGAGACUUGGAUUUGUUCGUUGGUUCAUGCCUUGAUAAGCUACACCGAAGAUACUCUUUUAAGGCUUUGUCAGAGUCUGGUUGAGGUUAAGGCUGCACUAGCUGAGUUUCUGCUCCCUUAUGCGCUUGGGUCGUUGGCUAAAGUGAUCCCAAUUCAUUCUGCUCUGUACACUACUAUUGUUACACAUGUUCAAGACCAUAUCUUUUCCGAUGUCAACAAAAAUACAAGGUCGAUGCAAGUUUUUCUCGAAGCUUUUAAUAGUCUACGAGCUUGUCACGUAAAGGCAGCAGCCAAAGGCUUGUCGCAAGGAACAAAUACGCUGGAGCCUCUAAAGUGGCCUAAGGUUUAUUGGCUGGAUGUGGAUUACCUUCUUACGGCCAAGACAGCACAGAAAUGUGCGGCGUACUUCACUUCUGUUCUCUAUGUUGAACAUUGGUGUGAAGAAAAUUUCGGAAAGGCUGUGCUGGGAGAACGAGAACUUUCGGGAGAUGAGGACGAGCUACCCGAACAUCUGGAACGUCUUCUGUCUGUGUAUACGAAGGUGAAUGAACCAGACAGCAUCUAUGGCAUAAUUUACACUCACAAUCCCAUAUCACAAGUCAGGCUGUACGAGCAUGAAGGCAACUGGGGAAAGGCUUUGGAAACAUAUGAUUUGCUGCUAAGUAGCUCAAAUAACACUGACGUCCUAAAGGGUUACUACAAAGGUGUUGUACGGGCGCUGCAACACUCAGGAUGCUCUCAGGUGAGGGACGUUUACAGCACAGGUCUUAGAAACAUCAAGAUGGAACUAUUAAACGACAAGGAGUUCAAAGAAUUACAGUACGAAGGUGCCUGGAAGUCUGGAAAGUGGGACCUGAGUUUCGAUAUGAACCCCACCGGUGAUGAUUCUCUUAAGCUGGGCUUUCAUGGAAAUUUACUCAGCUCCUUUCAAUGUCUCGUUGAAGGAGAUUUCAGCAGAUUUGACACUUCUGUCAAACGGAUGAAAGAGGACACUGUUUCUCAUGUUGCGCACACCAGCCUUGAAAGCACUCAAAAUGUUUAUCCAUCUAUCGUCAAACUCCAGGCUCGUUACACCUUUUACGUUUGUGAUCCUGAUACUGUCUCUCUUCAGAUUGUUGAUUGUCUCCCGUUCGCUUGGAGUCUCCGCUGGCCAUCAUUGGGAUCUAGUGGACCUAGCACCCCUCCCGACAGCGAGAUACAAAUGCUAUUUACGAGGUGGAAAGGCAUUACGAAACAAACGACGGGAAACUACAACCUCUUGGAACCAUUUGGGAGCUUUAUGAAAGUACUUCUUCGGGUUCUUCAGCGGGAGGACUGUCUUCCUUGUUAUCUUGUUGAAUACGCAGCACUUGCCAGAAAGGCUGGAAGACUCAAUCAAGCAGCAGGUGCAAUUCAAGAGCUCAAAGGCCUUUGCCAAGGAGACAAUAAGCGCAGCGAGAUUUUAAGAGCCGGACGGGUCUGUUUUAUCUCUAAUUCAUGUCGACUAAGUAUACUAAUGUAUAUGGUCUUUCAGAUUGAAGAAGCUAAAGUCCUAUGGGCGCAAGGUCAGCGUGAAUUGGCAGUAAGUCUUGUGAAGUACUUGUUAACGUAUAUUGGUUCGACGGACUCCAUGGCUUUGUAUUGUCUUGCUGGAAAGUGGCUUGCACAAACAAGAUCCGCAAGCUCUCAUGUAAUCCUUGAGUCUUAUCUUGAGAAAGCUGUCAUCAUUGCUGAGACUAGAUCUACGAGUUCUGGUAGUAGCGAUUUCAUGAAACGGAGAAGUAAAACACAUUUCCACCUGGCCCAUUUUGCUAAUGCUCUUCAUCGAAGUUAUGAAGAUCGACUUGGCUCUACCGAGUGGCAAACUGAAUUACAGCUGAGAAAUAUGAAGAUGAAGGAGUAUGAGGCACUGGUGAGAAAAGCCAAAGAAUCAAAAGAUGAUACGCAUGGUUACUCUCUUAAGGCGCUGGAAGUUCAGAAGGAGCUUAAACUGGAAAGUGUAGAGUGGACCAAGAUGCAUGGCGACAUGGCACGUGUGCUUAGAACUUGCCUCAAGUCCUACAGGAGUUGCUUACUCUCAAGUGACAAGUAUGAUAUGAGAGUGGUCUUUCGGUUGGUUUCUCUUUGGUUUGGGAACGUCGAGAACAAAACUGUUAUAAAUGACAUGAUCGAGACUGUGCAUAAGGUACCGUCGUUUAAGUUCCUUCCGCUGGUUUAUCAAAUAGCAUCCAGAAUGGGUGCCAUAAAAACGGCAAACGAUUUUCAGUUUGCUGUGGCCUCACUUGUGAAGAAGAUGGCGAUUGAGCAUCCGUACCACUCACUCUACCAGUUACUGGCGCUGGCCAAUGGGGAUCGAAUCAAGGAAAACCAGAAGAGGAAAAACGCUUUCGUUAUUGACCUAGAGAAAAAACGUGCAGCAGAGGAGCUACUGAAGGAGCUAACUAAUCGCCAUUCUAAUUUGAUCAUGCAGGUGCGAGAUAUGGUUGAGGUGUAUAUCAAACUGGCCGAGCUGGAGGUCUCACAGCAAGACUGCCUUAAGCCAGUACCCUAUCCAAGGGAUAUUCGUAGUGUGCGACGACUUAAUCUGGUCCCCGUUUUGACUGCGAACAUUCCAGUAGAUCGCAAUUGUGACUACUCUGGUAAAAAUCUCCCAUAUUUCGAUGGAUUCGAGGGAAGCAUUACUGUAAUGAGAGGCGUUAAUGUUCCAAAAGUUGUGCUGUGCCGCGGAUCGGACGGCCAAAAGUAUCGCCAGUUAGCCAAAUCUGGGGGUGAUGAUCUCCGUCAAGAUGCGGUGAUGGAGCAACUUUUUGGUCUUGUCAACACACUCUUAAAGGAUCAUUCAGAAACUCGUAUCAGAUGUCUUCAAAUACGAACAUACAAGGUUGUUCCGUUCACUCCGAGUGCUGGUGCUCUGGAAUGGGUGAAUGGGACCAUUCCACUCGGACAGUAUUUGCUGGGAAGUUCUAAAGUACCAGGAGCACACACUCGCUACAGCGUUGCAGAUUGGACGUUUGCGGAGUGCCGAGAGCAUAUAGUCAAGGAAUCCAACAAAAGCGCGGCCUUCCAGACCGUGUGCAAAAACUUUAGGCCUGUUUUCCGCUACUUCUUCCGAGAGAACUUCUCUCGAGCUGCAGACUGGUUUGAAAAGCGGCUGAACUAUACGCGAAGUGUGGCAGCUUCUUCAAUGGUUGGCUACGUUGUGGGACUGGGAGACCGCCAUUCGAUGAACAUUUUGAUUGAUCAGGCUAAUGCUGAUGUCGUCCAUAUCGAUCUAGGGGUGGCGUUUGACCAAGGAUUGAUGCUUAAGACACCAGAAACGAUUCCGUUUAGACUCACACGGGACGUUAUCGAUGGUAUGGGUGUCACGGGUGUGGAGGGAGUGUUCAGGAGAUGUUGUGAAGCGACGCUUUCCGUCUUGCGAGCGAACAAGGAAGCGUUGCUCACCAUUAUCGAGGUGUUCAUACACGAUCCUUUGUACAGAUGGGCCUUGUCACCCCUCAAGGCGCUGCAGAGACAAGAGGGAGCCGAGUAUGCGGAUGUGGAGGACCCUGAUAAAGUGGAGGGAAACAAAGAUGCGACACGGGCACUAAUGCGCGUUAAACAAAAGCUUGAUGGCUAUCGUGAUGGCGAGAACCGUACAGUCGAGGGUCAGGUCCAGCAGCUGGUCCAAGAUGCACAAGAUCCAGAGAACCUGUGCCUUUUGUUUCCUGGUUGGGCCGCUUGGCUGUGAUGCUGCAAGCUUCUUUCACAGAUGCAAGGUGCUGUGUUUUGAAGCUAUACGAGGUUCAGCUGUUUGAGGAAACUAGACAGGCAGCUUGGCGAUGUAUUCUGGCAGUCCCAUUUGCUCCAGAGGAACGCCGAACUCGGCCAGCUUGGAUUGAAAAGCUUUGACAACGCUGUUGUGGGCCUGAAGGCACAGAUAUGUACGACGAAAAUGAUCAGAGAGCGCCAGUCUGAACUGCGAAUCUUUACUUUGGUGACCCUCCCGAGCUCGUAAUAAAGCCGCUUGAUCUUCUGGUU